AAAGACGUGUUAUCAGAGAGACCUUGGAGGAUGUGGCCACAAAUGACUUGAAUAGUACAACAGCAGACGAGUUGGUACCACCAUUAUUACCGGUUAAACCUGGAGCUGCAAGCACGAGCAAUAAGACUAAUGAUAACCAAAAGCCACCACCCAUUCCACCGAAAGAAUCUUCUCCAACGCAAAUUAACGGCAUUCUUAAGGGAGGAAAGUUAUGGAAAAAUGAAUCCAUGUCACAAUUGGAUGAUCAAAAUAAUGCUACAUCAGAAGAUGAAAUCAGUUCAACCAAACGAUCAGUUCGCUUUGUUACUGAAGUUAGUAAUAAUGCAGAGAAUGAUAUACAACAACUAUCAUCAGAAGUAGAUGAUUUCGAAAAUCAAAUAAAUGAACUCAUACCAAUAAAAAAACACUCGACCCUCUUCAGUAAUGCUUUAAGGCCUAAUUCGGCUGUACGGCAACUUUUUCCAAGUGUGGGACAUUGUUCACCAGCUCUGACAUCCGAAACUCUGCGUGCGUUCGAUGAAUCAAAACGUGCUGGAUGCUUUGUUCCAAAUUUACCUGGUAGCGGAGACACAGAUACAUUAAAACGCAGUAUUGAAAGAAAUAUGUUAAGAAGGUCUUUAAUUAAGAAAAAAACUGUUAAGUCGGAUAUUUCAUUAGAGGAGAGAAUAAAGCAGUUAACUUGUGAUAUUGGUGAAGAUGAAGAAACCCUUCAAGAAAAUGAGGAUGAAGAGAAUGUUAUAGUCGUGAAAAGUUCUGAAAUACCACAACACGUCAGUUUGAUUGUAGAAGAAAAUUCACAGAAGAUAUUAAAUGGCGAUAAAAGCUUUUCACCAUGCUCAUCAGUUUCAAGUUCCUCAAGUGGCUCAUUUGCAUAUAAAAAAAUAUCAGAUAUAUUUAACCGUGAAAAAAAACAAGAGAAGAUAUUAGAAAUGGAAGAAAAUCCCAUUGUCAUUAUACCUCAGGAAUGUCGUUGUCCUGCUGCUCCAGAUCUGGGCAUGGGUACUCAAGUACCUGUAGUACAUACACAAAUACAUCGAACACCACCACGACAAGUUGAACAUAAACGUCAAUUCCUUUCAACGUUAGCACCACUCACAGCUUGUGUAGCAGGAAAUAAAGACGAUUUAACUUCAUACUACACCUUAGCUACUGCUCAUCACAGUAGUCAUUCCACAAGUCAUGCGCAUUUAGUAGAAUAUAGUUCAGGUUUAACCGGAGAACAGUCUAAUAUAACUUUAAGUGGUGAAGAUCAGCGUAAAGUAGCACCAGAUGUAAUUGCCGGAACGCCAGGCCAAGAACAGCAAGACGAAUUGACAGCAUUUGCAUAUCAAGAAGUAAGUCGUACAGAAAAGUUGAAAAAACGCUAUAUAAACGAUAAUUUAAAUGUGAGUUCUGAUGAUGAUGAACAAAAUGAUUAUGGGUUUAAUAAACGUCCAUCUGUACGAGGUAUAAAACCUAAAUUCAAUUCAACAAACGAAAUAUUACAGCAAAUGCAAGAACAAUUAACUCAACAAAUGCCAAAUGUAAAUAUGCAGAUUCCAUCAGCUCAAACUGCGCAGUAUAAGGUCUCACAACAGCAACAUCAACAGCAACAACAGCAGCAAGAAAAAAAUAUACAACAGCAAAUUGAAAUGCACACUAAUACAAUUACUCAACAACAGGCAGAACAUAGAACGUGGAGUUUUUAUCCUGAAUCUGAUGAUACCAAACAACAAAUACCAAUUGAAACUAAUUUACAACAGGAUUUUUACCAGACGCUUCCAGCUGGCACAAUGUUUCGUCAAACAAUGAUUCAACACGAUCAAGAUGAAUCACUAAUGUAUUCACAGAAUUCCCAAACCAUGACUUCAAUUGACCCGACGCAUUAUGGGCACUUGGUUCGAAGCCCCACAAGAAGACCAGAAUCACCACCACCACUAAGAAAUUAUCACCAAACUAUGCUACUGAUUCCAUGUAACGCAGAGACGUACUCACAACUUGCUCCCAAAAAUUUGGAUCCAAAAGUCGCUCAUAUUCAACGCCGAAAUAUUUUAGAAUACCAACAGGUAAAGGAGUUUACUAAACCGAUUAAUACUCAUAACUACCACUAA